GUGGAAAGGGGGCGUGGUGUAACACUUGAAGUGGGCGUGGUGACGUAGCAUUGGAACCCUCAGACAUGCAAGGAUUCAAAGCAUAGAAUGUACACAACAACUUCCUCACUCAGGGCCCAGGUCAGUAUACACAUGCUUAUCUCAGCACAUUGUUCAUAGUGAGAACUUUUUACACAGCUUAGUGCCCAUAAUUGUAACACUUUAUAUUUUAAUAUUAAAAUAGAACAGUUUGCUUCAAAAUUUAAAUACAACUAGCAGCCAUAUAUUUAAGGGUUUGACAGAAAUGUCACCAUAAUAUUAACCUUUUCUUCAGCUAGCAAACCCAAAACUGACUAAAAUACUACUACUUAUAUUAAAAGAAAAAUUAGAUCCAACUAGAAUAAUACAUUACCGAAAAAAUAAAUAUAUAUAUAUAUAUAUAUAUAUAUAUAUAUAUAUAUAGGACACUAUAGGCACCAAAGCAACAUAUGGCUUAAUAUAGACUUUUUGGUGUAUAGUUCAUGCCUCUGCAGUCUCACUGUUCAAUUAUCUGCCAUUUAGGAGUUUAAUCAAUUUUGUUUCUGUUUAUGCAGCCCUAGCCACACCUCCCCUGGCUGUGUCACUCACACAGCCUGCAUGAAAACAAAAUGGUGUCAUUUUCAGAUGUUAAAGGAACAGUAUAGUCACCUGAAUUACUUUAGCUAAAUAAAGCAGUUUUAGCGUAUAGAGCAUUCCCCUGCAAUUUCACUGCUCAAUUCACUAUUAUUUAGGAGUUAAAUCACUUUGUUUCUGUUUAUGCAGCCCUAGCCACACCUCCCCUGGCUAUGAUUGACAGAGCCUGCAUGGAAAAAAAAAACUGGUUUCACUUUCAAACAGAUGUAAUUUACCUUAAAUAAUUGUAUCUCAAUCUCUAAAUUGAACUUUAAUCACAUACAGGAGGCUCUUGCAGGGUGUAGCAAGCUAUUAAUAGCAGGGGAUAAGAAAAUCUUCAUUAAACAGAACUUGCAAUAAAGAAAGCCUAAAUAGGGCUCUCUUUACAGGAAGUGUUUAUGGAAGGCUGUGCAAGUUACAUGCAGGGAGGUGUGACUAGGGUUCAUAAACAAAGGGAUUUAACUCCUAAAUGGCAGAGGAUUGAGCAGUGAGGCUGCAGGGUCAUGUUCUAGACACCAAAACUGCUUCAUUAAGCUAAAGUUGUUCAGGUGACUAUAGUGUCCCUUUAACGUGCUUCUAUAAGGUUUUUUUUUGUUUGUUUGGUUGUUUUUGUGUCUUGUGCUCUGUAAGUUGAGCUUUAAUCACACACAGGAGGAUGAUGUAUACAACAAAACUGCUUCAUUAAAGGAACACUAUAGUGUCAGGAAUACAAACAAUUCCUCCUGACACUAUAAUUGUAAAAACACAUUUUAGACCAUUGGCCCCCCUUGACCAAAAAAAAACUACCUUUUACCAGCGCCGUGCCUAUCUCGUUGCGGCUUGCUCCACCUUCUUGGCUUAGAUCAUCAAUUUUUACAAUCUCAGCCAAUGUAAUGCUUUCUUGUGCGAAAGCAUUGGAUUGGCUGAGAUUGUAACAAUAGAUGCAUUGAAUAACAUCUAGUGGCUGUCUGAGUGACUGCACAUCAAGGUGUUCCUAGGCAGUAAUAUAAACACUGCCUUUUCUCUGAAAAGCCAAUGUUAACAUUAACAAGCCUGCAGGGACAGUCUGUUGACACCAUUAUAACUACAUUAAGCUGUAGUUGUGCUGGUGACUAUAAGAUCCUUUUAAGUUAAAGUUGUUUUGCUGACUCUAGUGUCCCUUUAACACUUUUCUUUUUACUUUUUUCUCAAUCAUAACUAGUACAAUACUAACUAGAAUAGACCUAUCUUCCAGUGUGUUCACCACAAUGCUUUGAAGGGUUCUAUAAAGAAAUAUUAGCUUUUUAUUCACCAACAAUCUUUCAAGUGUUUUACUAUUAAGCAUACAUGAAAUUUCUCUUAUUCAGUGUUUGUCUUCUUCAAACCUCCCCUCCAAGAGUUCUUGAGGGAAGAUUUGCAGAUGUGAGAGUACAAAAUAAAUUGGGGGCUGUGAAAGUGAACAUGGGACCCUAAAAAGAUGUUAUCACGUGUGCAUGAUAUAAUCUCAUUUUCUUCUACUGAGCAUCAAUUAAGCUUGUUCAAUCUGCUACUCAUUUAGUCAUGCGUGCAAAAUGUACCCAUGGACAAGCUUUUUAAUCAUUGAUAACUUAAGUAGGAAGGAGAGAAAUGCUGGUGUAAAUGCAAUAUUAGUUCUUGAUUUGUGACUCUUGUUCUCUUGUGUUUUUUAUAUAUAUAUAUAUAUAUAUAUAUAUAUAUAUAUAUAUAUAUAUAUAUAUAUAUAUCAGAAAUGACCGCACUCCAAGGAUUUUGUAGAGAUUUUCAAAUAAAAUGUAACUUUUAUACAAUCCAUUUAAAAAGUCAAAGUUUCAGCUCCCACAUGGAGCUUUCAUCAGGACAAAACAUGAAAUAUAUAUAUAUAUAUAUAUAUAUAUAUAUAUAUUACACAAAUACAAGCUAUUUAUGUAUCGAAAAAUGUAUUUUUUAGACUAAAUGUUUCAAUUUAAUCUUCAGUUCAGAAUUUAGUCAAUAAAAGAAAAGUAAGAGAAUUUUUGGUCUUCUUAAAAGGACACUAUUGUCAACUGAACAAUUACAACUUAAUGUAGUUAUAGUCAGUCCCUGCGGGCUUUUUGCCGUAAACACUGCCUCUUCAGAGAAAAGUCAAUGUUUACAUUACAGCCUAGGGGCACCUCCAGUGGCAGUCACUCAGACAGCCACUAGAGGUGCUUCCUGGAUCAGUGCUGCACAACGCUCUGCAUGGAGGCACUGAACAUUCCCCAUAGAGAUGCAUUGAUUCAAUGCAUCUUUAUUAAGGAGAUGCUGAUUAAUGCUGCAUGGCGCUUUGCCACGCUUGCGCGAUAGCCUCUUGGCUGAGAUCAUCUGUUCUGAUGAACUCUGCCAAGGAGGCAGAGCGUGGCGGGCCAGUGCCAGCAGACCCACACGACGCUGGAAUAAAGGUAAGUUUUCAUUCUUUUUAAUGGUCAAUGAGGGCCUGGGAGUCUAAAAUAGGAUUUUCUCACUUUAGGCUCAGGAAUACACAUUUGUAUUCUGGACCCUUAAGUGUUCCUUUCAAAAUUUGUAUCCUUUAUUUUGCCAGAACGAUCAGGUAAACAUUUCAUUUCGUAACUCUGAACCUUCUUUUUCAGACAGUUAAAAAGUUCACAAUUAGGAACUAAAACAUUGACUGAUUGUUCUGGCAAAAUAAAGGAAAAACAUUUUUAAGAAUGAGAGUGUUGGAAAAAUUCUUACUUUUUUGUAUACAUGGAUAUGCUCUUACUGAGCACCAGGCUGUAAAUAUAAAAAGGCAAGUGGAAUUGAAAAAAAAUAAUAUAUAUAUAUAUAUAUAUAUAUAUAUAUAUAUAUAUAUAUAUAUAAUCUCUAUCAUCUAUCUAGAAUGCACGCUAGUUUGAGCAGGGCCCUGUUCCUGUGUGUCCAACUUGGUUUGUUACAAAUACUUGUCUCUAAGUCCAUCUGUUGUACAGCGCUGCUGAAUUUGUUAGCGCUUUAUUAAUAAUAAUAUAUAUGAUUUUUUUAUUAUUAUUGCCAUUUAUAUAGCGCCAACAGAUUUCGUAGCACUUUACAAUAUUAUGAAACGGUGGAUUUGACUAUAAAUAGGACAAUUACAAGAAAACUUAAAGGAACGAUAGGUUGAAGAGAACCCUGCUCAAAUGAGCUUACAGUCUAUAGGAGGUGGGGUAUAUAUUUUGUAAUAGUGUGCCUGCUUCCAUCAGCUGUGGUUGUUGAUGAGAAAUGUCAGAAUGUGGUGGCUAAAUUUUUGCCCCUUGACACAUUUUGCCAAAGAUCAGCAAACCCGUGAGACAAAGUAGUCACACAACGUAUUCAAUAAACUUCUGCUUGAAAGAGAUUUAUGGAAUACGAUCAAACACUAUAUGUCAUAUUGAAAUGCCCCUAAUUGGUGCAGGCGCUCUGCUACUUGUCCAUAUAUCUUACUUUGUUUUUAAUUUUGCUUUAACUAUGUAAUGCUUUACAGUAUGACUCCCUUCCAUCACGAAUUGUCCGUAUGUAGUAACUAACUACUCAAAUAAUCUUGGCAUAUUCAAAAAUACCCCCAUUGAGCACUAGUUCUCAGUUAUUAGCUAAGAGAGUUCUUUCAUUCAACAAGUGCCCAAAUUUCACAUUUUAUUUCAAAUACCAUUAACUUCCAAAGUGAGAUCUGUAUUGAAAUAUUCCUUUCCCACUUCAUAAUCACAACACAUGGUACACACUCUUAUCUAGAACUAACAAUUAAUAAUGGUUUAAUUGCACUUGCAGAGGGGGGGAGGGGGAAGGAGAGGAUAUUCACUUAUUUGUAAAUUGACAUUUCUGAAUAACUGAAUUGGAAACAUUCUUAAUCCAACUUUACUUGUAUUAUUGCAACGCUCUUGGCAGUUCCCUGUUUGGUGAAUCAAACAGUCUGUAUAUUAGACUUGGCCAUUUCAAAUAAUGGUCUGUCAACCUCAACUUGCCAAAUAAGUAACACCUUGUGGACCUAAAGAACGUUAACCACCCCCCAAAAUAAUAAAAAGUAGAAUCUAGAACUAAUGGACAAUAGCAAGAAAUCUUAAACUUGACUGAGUUUAAAUAUGUUGGUCUAUUAGUGAUAAUUAUUUUUAGCGUGAACUUUGCAAUUUGGUUUUCAAUUCACCACAAUUCAGUUUGAUGAAUAAGCACUACUGUUGUUCUAAUAAACAAUUUUUGCGUUUUCACGUUUGUCUUAUAUCUUGUGGAUAAAAUUACAAUUUAGCAAAAUAUAGUUUAUGGCAUAUAACCUACAGUAAACUCCACAUAGAUCCACAAUUUAAGAAAAGUUCACAAAGCAGUAAAAGCAAGUGUUAUUACCCCACCUCUAGACUGUAUUAAAUUUCCGCCUUUUUAUAAUAUUGUAAAGCUCUACUGAAUAAAUUGGCGCUUUAUAAAUGCCAAAGAUAAUAAUAAUAAUAAUGUGCAGGAAAAACAACUAAAGGAACUCCCUUUAAAAGCUGUGCAGGCACAGAACAGUAUUAGCUAACCAGACCUUUUAAAUUCUUAAAAACUUUCAAAUUAAAAAGGUAUUUAUUGUUAAUGUUAGUGUUUUUCCUUUUUUAGUUUAUAUUACUGAGGCCAGUCUUGUAAUAAAUUUUAUUUAUUUAUUUUUAAUCAAAAAGUGAUAAAACCUACCUGUAAUCCUGUUCCAGGACAGUCUCUACGCCGUAGCUCCUCAUCCAAAUAAGACAUCAGCUCCGAUGACUUUUGUCCAACCCAAUGUUUCUCAUACAGCAGCAUUGGGGACAUUUGGCACAUGUGUGCCAAUCACUCUCCCACAAUCCAAUGCUUCUCAUAUGCUGCCAGACACCAUGGUGAAGUUGAUUGUGCCUAAGAAAGCAUAAGCAGAAUUAUUCACUAACCCAGGAAGUGACCACAAUGUUUUACACUUUAGACCAAAAUAAUGGGCCUGGCACAGUGGCUAAGUUGGUUUUAAAAAAAAUUUUUCCACCUCUAUUUUAGGCUUUAAAUUUGUGAAACUUGCAGGUUUUUGGUGCAGAUCUUUUCUCUUUUUGUAUCUUUUAGAACAGGACUAGACAAAUUUGCUUAGAAUGUAGAAUUGUUACUGAAGUUACUUUUUAGUAAGAGCGCAUGCUUGCUUAAGUGGUUAAGUGGUAAGCGCUCUCACAUGGAUUAAGAUAUUAAGAUGUCCCAUUGACUUCUGCUUAAAGGGAUCCUAUAGUGACAUGAAAACAAACAUGUUUUCCUGGCACUAUAGGUCCCUACAGUGCCCCCCUCCUGCGGGGCUGAAGGGGUUAAAACCCACUUACCUGGAUCAGGCUCCGCCCCCGCCAGCCGGUGGGGCAGACCUAAUGCGCAUUAGACAUUCUCAUCGGAAAGCGUUAUUCAACGCUUUCCUAUGGGGAAAAUCUGACGCUGGAGGUCCUCAUGCAGAGCGUGAGGACGUCCAGCAUCGGAUAACAGACCAAAUGUCCGUAUGGAUUCCGAAAGCGCCCCCAGUAGCUGUCUGGUAGACAGCCACUCAGGGCAGACUUAGAGCUGCAAUGUAAACAUUGCAGUGCUAAGUGCAAUAAAGAGACAGCACCGAGACUACUUCAAUUAGCUGAAGUGGUCUGGGUGCCUACAGUGUCUCUUUAAUAAACAAGCUAGAUGCACACAUUCUGUUCCCUGUGCUGCCAUAGUUUCCAAAUUAAAGGGCACUGUCGCCCGUCCUGUUUGUCCCUGCUAUAUCCCAUUAUCUCUCUGGUGCACCAGUCAUGGAUAUUUUACAAAACACCUCUUGGAAGUAAUUAUAAUACAUUUACAUUGAACAGCCACAACAUUAAAACUGCUGACAGGUGAAGUGAAUAACAUUGAUUAUAUUGUCACAAUGGCACCUGUCAAGUGGUGGGAUAUAUUAGAACAGUGAGUUGUUGAGUUUCAUGUGUUGGAAGCAGGAGAAAUGGACAAACGAAAAGAUCUGAGUGACUUUGACAAGGGCCAAAUAGUGAUAGCUAGACAACUGGGUCAGAGCAUCUCCAAAAUGGCAAGUCUUCCAGCAUGCAGUGUUUAGUAACUACCAAAAGUGGUUUACGGAAAGGCAGAUUAUGAACGGAAGGGCAGAUUAUGAACUAGCAACAGGGUCACCGGCACCCAAGACUAGCUGAAAGCUAGCAUGCAUGGUCCAAUCACACAGAAGAGCUACUGUAGCUUAACUUGCUGAAAAACCUAAUGUUGACCAGGAUAGAAAGGCGUCAGAACACGUAGUGCAUCACAGUUUGCUGUGUAUGGGGCCGAGUAGCUCCAGACCAGUCAUAGUGCCCUUGAUUACCUCUGUCCACUGCUGAAAGCACAUUCAAUGGGGACGUGAGCAUCACAACUGGAUCGUGGAGCAAUGAAAGAAGGUUGCCUGGUCUGUUGAAUCAUGUUUUUUUUAGAUCAAGUGGAAGGCCUAGUGCUUCACUUACCUGGGGAAGACAUGGUAGCAGGAUGCACUAUGGAAAGAAGGUAGGCCGGUAGAGGCAGUGUUAUGCUCUGGGGAAUGUUCUGCUGGGAAACUUAGGGUCCUGGCAUUCAUGCGGAUGUUACUUUCAUACACUACCUAACUAGAGAUUGUUGCAGACUAUGCUCACCUCUUCAUGGCAAUGGUGUUCCCUGAUGGCAGUAGCCUAUUCAGCAGGAUAAUGCAUCCUGUCACACUUAAAAAAAAAAAAUUAAAAAAAAAUUCAGGAAUGGUUUAGAAACAGAGAGUUCCAGAGGCUGCCUUGGUCUCCAAAUUCCCCAGAUCUCAAUCCAAUUGAGCAUCUGUGGGAUGUGUUGGAACAACCAAUCCGAUCCAUGAAGACACCUUUUGCAACUUGCAGAACUUAAAGGAUCUGCUACUAAUGUCUUCGUGCCAGAUACUACAGGACAUGCUUCGACGCAUCAGAGCAGUUUUGGCAGCACAUAGGAACCUGCACGAUAUUAGGGGGUUUUAAUGUUGUGACUAAUCAGUGUGUGUAUGAACAAGUAGCUUUUUACAUUACAUGAGGAAAGUCCCACACUGGAACUGAAACAAUGACAUUUUAUGCAAUUUGUUUAUUUUAUGCUAAUUUGAAGCAAUAAAUCAUUUUUAUAUGGGAAGAAGACAGAUAGUGCAGAGCUUCUUUACAAACUCUCUCUGUCUCUCUCUCUUUUAUAUAUAUAUAUAUAUAUAUAUAUAUCUAUAUCUAUAUAUAUAUAUAUAUAUAUAUAGUUUACAUAUUAAGGCAGUAGUACACAAAUUAAUUGUAAAAUGUGUUCCAUGAGAGCGCCCUUUUAAGAUGAGACAGGACAGAGAUGAUAUCUGAAGGAGUUUGUAACCUUAAACCCUUUCAUUAAAUAAUUAAAUUAAUUACACACUUUUCUGGAAAAACUUACAGAUGUUCACUUGCAACUAUUUUCAGUUUUUUUCCCCUGCUCUUUUGGUCACAAUGGAGACACCUUCUUAAAUAUCUUAAAUUUACAUCACAAUUCUAGCCUUCCCAAAGCUCUAAAUUUAGUGUAACGUAGGCAUGGACAGGCAGUGCAUUUUGGACAAGUGGGUCACAGUCUGCAAAUUUUGCAGCUUUAGCACUUGGCCCAAUACAUGUGUUUUUAUUAGUGUUCUUGUAACUUUUAAAAACAGUCAUCUAUGUACGCAAUUUUCACACAAUUUCACAUAAACUUGUGAAAUAGAACAGCUAUCUCGUGAGUGAUACUUCUAAAAUCUCCUUGCAAAUUAUGCAGCUACUGGAACCUUGAAUUUAAAAUGAUAAAUAUUGGAAUAUUGUAAAUGAACAAAUUAUUUGGUAAAAAGUGUAGCUUUAUGUUUGGGUUUUAAGAUUGACUUUUUUUUUUAUUAUUUUUGUAAAAAUGUGUAUUCCUAACGCUAUAGUGUCCUAUUCAUCAUUCGAAAAAACACCUGCUCCAGGAGUAAAAAGAAAGUUUACUAACCUUUUUCUCUAACAACUCACUGCUUCUCCGUGCUGGCUACUCCUCCUUGACUGAGAUCAUCAAUCUUGAUUGUCUCAGCCAAUCCCACCGGAAAGCACUGGGACAAUCGGUUUUACUCUGCUGUUUCACCUCGAGUACCUCUAGUGGCUGUCAGAGCAACAGCGAAUAGAGCAUUUUAAACCCUGCAAUGUAAACAUUCAUGUUCUGCAGGAAUGCAAUGUUUUACACUGCAGGGUUAAGGCAGACAUGGCACCCAGACCACUUAAUUGAGACAAAGGUGUCUUAGCAGGGUUUGGCAAAUUUGCUUGGCAUCUAGGAGCAAGCUAAAAACUUAGGAGCGAGGGAUACAAUUCUUAAAGGGACAUUAUAGGCACCAGAACCACUACAAAUUAAUGUAAUGGUUCUGGUGUCUAUAACCUGUCCCUACAGGCUUUUCAAUGUAAAUUGAUGCCUAGUAACACACCUAGUGACAGUCACUCAGAUGGCUCCUAGAGGUGACUCUUAGUCCAGUGCUGCACAAUGUGUUUGGCUGAGAUCAUCAAGAUUUAUGAUAUCAGUCAUGGAGGCGCAGACAGCCGCAGCGAGACUGGCAUAGGCUGGGAAAAAAGUGAGUAAAAGUAUUUUUCCAUGCAAUUGGAGGGGGAGCAGAUCACUGAAACAGGCACAAACUGAUUUGACACAUACUGAGAGAGACAGACACACACAUUGACAGACGCACAUAUUCUCUCAUACAUUUACAAUUUUCCCCUGCGCUGAUCAUCUACAAGCACUUCUUGCUCUUCUCCCUCGCACGCGGUUUAGUGAUGCCGGGGCCAGAGUGAAGUCAUAUCCCGGCAUCACAGCAGGGCGCGCGAGAUACCAGAGCAAGAAGAGCAUGCAGAUGACAACUCCCUCCGUCACUGCCUGGCGCCAUUUUCCCUCGGCCAUUUAAAUUGAGCAGUACAUGCACAGUUUAAUUGAUGGUUGCAUAUAUGAACCAUUACUUUGCUGCUAUAAUGCCGGCCGCCUCAGAUGAACGGGCUGACCAAUCCCAGGCUCCAGGACAAAACUCCUAGUCGCCAUAUCGACCUGGCGCCUGGGAUUUGUCGAACCCAGACCUAUAGUAUACCUUUUAAAGGGUUUAAAUAAUGGAUGUAUGCAUUGUAUCACUGAAGUGGCCACUCAUGAAAAAUAUCACUUUAAAGUAUAUAUUUUGUAGACUGCCUUAAAAACACUAUAGUCCCCUAGACCACUUUAUUUUAAUGGAGUGGUCUGGGUGCAAUGGUUCUUUUUAUAUUAACCCUGCAAUGUGAAAUGUUGCAGGCUUUUUUUUGUUUUGUUUUUUUUAAAUGCACAUCUAGUGGCUUAUACUGACAGCCACUUGGAUACAGUGCUUUAUUAUGAAGGUGCUUGAAUGCAUGCUAAGCAUAUGCUGCGCAUGCAAUCAGGUCCCCAAUGCUCCUCUGUGAGAAGGAUUGGACUGUCGCGGACUAGGCCAUACCUCCUCUAUCAUGUUGCGGGAGGUGAGCUGGAAAAAUUAUUAUUUUUAUUGUAUUCUUUUUUUUUUUUUUUUAAUUUGUAUUUUAUUAGAGGUUUAGUACUCAUAAUACAACAGUGUCAUAGUAUGGGAAAUGUAAAGAACUGCAAAACAAAGUUUCUGUAACAGUCCAUAAUGUCAUUAUGAAAGCGCCUAUGGUUGGUUACUCUGCAACCUCAGGUUCCUUGUGACCCUUUUUUUUUUUUUUUUUUAAUGCCACUUCUCAAGCUCGUAUUUAUGCAAACAGUCCCGUUUUCAAGGGUGUUUGUGGGGUCUCCAACCUUGCGCUCUCUGUGAGCUAAACAUCUGGGAGAGGAGUGUCUCUAGUUUUAACUAGAAUGGUAUAACAUCUGGAAUUAGAUUGGAUUUCUGGGGCGUAUAACUUGGUUUAUGGGUUUUCUAGACAGUAUGGUGCCGCGUAUAUACUCUAUCACCUGGGAGUUGAUGGUGUGCUAAGUGAGUGCUGUGGUAAGCCGCUUAGGUAAGUAAUUGUCUCCUCGGUAGCGUUGCAGUGUGGUGACUCUUUGUGGGCCCUGGUUUGCUCUGUGCGUCUUUUUGUUUCCAGGUGUCUGCUUCUCUGGGUUCUUUGUUUUCCGCCUCUUGUCUUCUCAGCUGGCGGAGAAAUUGUGCCUGGUCAUCCGCGGAGGUGAGUGUGAAUGUCCGAUCUCCCUUUAUUGCUGUUAGGGAUCCAUCUGCCCCCCAUCGAUAUUUGACUGCCUCCGCUCUCAAUUGUUUAGCCACUGGUGCUAGUUGUCUCCGCUCCGCUAGGGCUGCGAACGGGAGGUCUCCAUAAAGGGACACUGUGCUGCCUUCGAAUUGAACGCUUCCCAGUUCUCGGGAGCGAGCCAUGAUCGCUGAGCGGGUCUGUAUAUCUUUCGUGACCGCUAUGACGUCCCUUGGGGAUUCUGCUGGCGCUGCAGCGGCUUUGCGUAUUCUAAAUGCGGUUACUAUUUUGUCUGGUUCGGUGUGCGGCCUUAAUUCCAUUCUGGUGGUAAGGCGGGAUAUGUACUUCAACAGGGCUUCGUCCCCAAUGGUCUCUGGUAUGCCUCUGAUGCGAAUGUUUCGCUUUCUGUGACGGGCCUCCAGCGUUGUGACCGUCCUCUUGAGCUGAUGGAUCUGUGAGCGUAGAUCCUGCACAGCGUCACUGGAGAUCUGUUGCUGGGCUUCUCUGGCCCUUUCUCUGACUUCAACUUCGGUGAGCCUUUUCUGGAUGGCCCCCAUCUCCUUCUUUGUGGUCUGCAAGUCUGCCCUCCACACCUCCCUCAUUUCCUCAAGGAGGUCUCUAAUGUCCCUCUUUGUAACUGGGGAUGAGUCUUCCUCAGAUUCAGAUGCCUGACACUGGGCUCCAUCUUCUGCUUGAGAGGAGAUGGGGCUGUCUCUGCCCUCCUGGGAUUCGUCCGAGGCUUCCUCCUCGCUGGGUGCGGCGGGCGCCAUUUUGGCUGGUGUCGCUUGAGUAGGCCUCGUAAAGGAGAGCCGAAUGUCGGGCGCUUUUGGCGGUUCCGGCAGGCGGAAUUUCUUAGUUUUUCGCCCCAUGUCAGCAGCUGUGUGGGGGCUAUAGUUGUGGUGUUUGGAGGGUCCCGUUUGCGGGUUUCUGGGCUCUAUUGUAAGUCUCUGUGUCGGAGCUGCACGGGAACACGUCCUCCUCGUUAGACAGCUGGCCACGCCCCCCUUUAUUGUAUUCUUUAAGCUAUAAAAUGUUUUUUUUUAAUAGUCUAAAUCUAGCCAUCAGAUUUUCACAAUUAAUGUGUUGACUACAAAGUCUGUUCAGUAUAGCAACAUUGUCAUGAAUGCAUGCAUUCUACUGUUAAUGCUCCGCUAACCAUUCAUACUUACUACUGUGCAAUAUUAUUAUUAUUAUUUUUUUAUAUAGCGCCAUCACAUUCCGUAGCGCAAUAUGACCGGUUUUGCUCUGCUAUUUAAAGGAAAACUACAGAGCCCCAAACAAAUUUAAAAUUAGUACAAAUAUUCCCAGUGAAAACCUGCAUGACUUUAUUGCAGCAUUUUUUCAUUUUAUAUCCAACAAGCGCUUUCAAAAGCUGCAGAUCUCUUGUCUGCAACCUUUUCAAACCCUCCUCUUCUAACCCAGCAUUGAGGAGACUCUAUGCUAGAGCCACAAGUGCAAUUUUCAAAUGCAUCUCAAUGAGCUGUAAUAAAGGUAAGGCAGAGGGAAGGCAAAUGUAAGUAAGCCUCUAGAGGAUAAUAACCUCCCAUGCUCUUUGACAGCCAGGAAGGUGUUUUGCCCCAUAUUAUAAUAGUGCUGAAUUGUAUUUAAAUCAGCACUUUUAUAAAUGGUCACAAAUGUUACAGGCUCUAGAAAUAUAGCUAAAGUGUAGCUUUAUGUGGAGUGUUCCUGUAAAAGUAGUUAUGGUGUUGUGGCAUGUGCUCUCCUAAGCAGGUGGAGAGAGAUGUAGUCAGUCCAUGGAGAACAUUUAAAGUAGGUAGUGGUAGAGUAUGGGGUUUUUAUGCAUGUUUGUGAUUAUUCAUCUUAUGAGCUAGUUUAUAUAUAUAUAUAUAUAUAUAUAUAUAUAUAUAUAUAUAUAUAUAUAUAUAUAUAUAUAUAUAUAUAUAUAUAUAUAUAUAUAUAAUAUAAAAAAAUUUUUUUUUUUUUUACAUAUAACUACUUGAAUGUAGUUGACCACAUUAAUUCUGCAAAUUCAUGGGGCAAUACUUUUUAUCGUUACUGGUAUUUUGCAAUAGGAUAUGUGUAACAUUAUUGAAAGUCAUGGAUCUGACAAAUGUUUUUGUCCCGAAAAAAAACUACUACAUUUGUGUGAUCAGUUUGCAAAAGAAAAUUAAAUCUGGAAUGUGUGUGCAAGUAAACGUGAGGACAAAACUUAUUGAAAUGACCAUGCCUGCAAUGCUCUCUAUACAGCUAUACAGGGUUAAUGAAUGCCCCAGAUCCAUACAUAGACACACGCCUCCUUACAAGGCCUGCCCAUUUACAGCAGCAGUUAUAGUAAAGGCAGGGCAGCUGGUUGGCUGUGGAUUACAGAGCUGGGAAGCACAGUGUGUAUGUGAGUGAGCUGAGGCUAUCCAUCAUUAACCCCUGUUCUACCUGCCCAGGCUUUACCUAAUAUCGCUAUAGCCAAUAGAUAUGAGCCAUAGCCAAACAAGCUGGUUUGUAUUAAAGCUGGCCUUUGCUUUGCACACCUGCACAAGGAAGGGAAAAAAAGUAAUCUUGAGAGUGAUAGUAACUCAAUGAAAUCUCAAUCCUGUUUUUAUUAUCAAUCACACUGUAUCUUUUUACAGUUUUGAUUUGACCAGAUGUUGACCCUCUAAUUACCGCAUUACUAUAGCCGCAGCUGUCUAGCGGAAUAACGAGUUGUAGUCUAAAAUCUUUUGGCCGAGAAAACAUAACUUGGCUUUUAUAUCAACAGCACCUAAAGGGUUGUUGAUAAAAAGACUUUAGGUAUACACUGCAAGGCUGAAGAAAAGGUACUAAAUAUGGAGCAAUCACUGUGGAAACCAGUAGAAUGUUGCUGGUGGUAACUCCAUGUUUACCGAUUUGCUUUUUAUAAUUCUGAAUAUAAUGCAAUUUAGUACAAAUUCAGGCUGCAAUUUAUUUUAGUUGUGUGGGUUGAAUUUCGGUUAUCAACUGAUUACCUAAUACAUUUAUUGGGAAUGUGUGUGUGUGUGUGUAUUUAUUUUUCUAUGACAAACUUGGGGAGAUUGUUUGAUUGGAAAUUACCGUUUAAAUGUCUAAGACAUCUGCUCAUUAUUGCAUUGCAUAAAUAUACAGCACAUCAGCAUUUUAAAAACUAUCUAUUGAUUACGUUGAAUAUAUCUCAUAUUAUAUCUGUUCUGUUUCAUAGGUAUUUGGAUUUUUUUUUUAUUUAUAUAUAUAUAUAUAUAUGUGUGUGUGUAUUUUGAUAUUGUAAGUGGUGUUUAAUUAUACAACCACUUAAAGUAAAAAUUAGAUGACAUGUAUAGAAAAAUUACACUUUUUUUUCAUUUUGCACAACUUUAUCCUGUCUUGCAUGAUUGUAUAUUAUUUUUUCUCAUAAUGAAUUAAAUUUAUAGCAUAAUGCCUCAGAUUUGUGAAAUUGGGAUUCCAUACCAAUAACAUCAAUUUAAUGCAAUAAUUCUUGCUUCACUGAAGUGAAUGGACGAGGCCACAGAUGCUUGCUGGAAAUCACGGAGUCUGUGGCCGUGCAAGUCUGAGGAACUAACGAGAGACUGGGAGAUUUAAUCCAUAUGAGCUGCUUAACAUUAGCUCUCCUGCAUUCUAGAGCCCAUGUAAUCAUUUGUAUACAGCCUGUACAGUAUUUUGCUAGAAUAUGUGUGUGUAUAUAUAUCCUUAAUUAAAGGUCUUAUCUACGGAUUGCAAGACCGCCAAAAAAACUGCAUGUAUUUAUUUUAACGUGUAACAUAUACUAUUACAAACUAAUCUACAGAUAAAUAUAUAUUUUUAUUUUUAAAGGGUCUCACCUGCAAGAAUUGUUUUAAGACAUCAAAUAUUACAAUUGUUCUCAAAACCUUUUAUUGGGGGGGUCAGUUUGUCUUUAAUUUUAAAUGGCCAGACUUUUUGUAGAUUCUCUUUGUUUAAAGAAGAUAAGAAAAGCAUGAUAUACAGUGUUUGCAGAAGAGGGCUCGUUGUCCUUUCCCUUGGUUUUAAACAGAGAUUUACAUUAAGCAUUCAUUCAAAUGUAUUUGUGUGGGGCCUGCACAAUCACAAACCCUAACUGAUUGUUGACUCUCCUCUCUAAAAAUGGAGUACUUAUAAUUAUUUGGUGCCAUUGUUCUGCUUCUUAUGCAUAUUGUGUUUAAAGAUCAAAAAGUGCCGUUGCUGGUAUGCGAGACACUCACAGUGCCCUGCAGACAAUGGACUCAAUCUGUUAUUAAUAAUGUCAUAGUUUUUACCACCUGUGUGAAGGCAUCUUUUUCCACCCAUUUUGAAAGAUGUAGGUUUAGAUUUUUAUAUGUCCAGUAUUUAUUUGCUAGCGUUCCAGUGAGUAAAAAUUACUAAUUUUGACUUUAUCGAUGUUAGUGAACUAAAUUUCCCAAAAAUCUCAGCCACCCUAAAGGACUAGAUGAAUCACAUUAAUCAAAACCUCAAACCGAAAAUUACUACUGCUAGCGCAAUGGAAGAAAUAUUUCAUAUAGUGUCAUGGUUUACACAUCCAUUCUGUUAACUAACUGUUGCUAUGUUAUAAGGAAAAUAGAACCUGGCAUGCAACUGAUACAUUAUGGGUUACCUCUUGAUAAUGUCACUGAUUGUGACUAACGAGUAGUAUAACUACCUAUUAUAUAAUGUAUCUAUGCAUGAUCUGUGUGACAUGACAUCAGUCAUCAAUCAGAUUUUUUUUUUUUUUGAGGUUACACAUUGAGAUGUUGGUGAAUCUAAGCAUGUGUUAUUUUUUUAUGGUUUGGUUUGUUUAGUUGUUGGGUUGGUGUGGGGUUUUUUUUUUUUUUUUUUAAUCUCUAAACUUUUAAAUCCUUUUUAUUUAUUUAUUUAUUUUUGUGAAUUUCUACUCAACCGUGCUGAAUCUUUUAAUCGCGUGCGUGCGUGUGUGUAUAUGUAUGUGUGUGUGUGUGUGUGUGUGUGUAUAUAUAUAUAUAUAUAUAUAUAUAUAUUUAAUUUAUUUCAUUUGGGGGGAGAGGGAGGAAGACAAGUUGAUUCCGCAUAUAAUGUAAGUCGGUUGAGGUGUGCCGUUACUGACAUUCGGGUAGGCCUGUAAAUAAAGAGUGUUCACCUAUGUAUAACUUUGAUAAGAGGAGGGUGGGGCAACAAAAUUGGACAGUGUCAGCCUGAAGUGGAGUGGGGCUUAACAUUUUAAAGACAGACAGCCCCUUCCAAAACUCUAGGCUGCCACUAUAGCUCUAUAUGUAUAUUUGAGUAUUAAUUAAAGGGAAAAAAACAACAGACAAAACACAAACACCUCCCCAAACUAAAAGAAACAAAAUUCUGGUAUAUAACACUGUUAUUUUGGCAUCCUGUGUACUAGACUAAUACGGCUUUCAAUCUACAUUUUUUGUGUGUGUGUGUGUGUGUGUGUAUAUAAUAUUAUAUUAUAUAGCAUUUGGGUUGGACGAUAACAUAGGCAUCCUUUACUUGGCAAUGCAGCCUAGCACCAGUCCUCCAUCUAGACAGCCUAGUAGUCUAAAUAGUUUAUUUAUUAUAUUUUGCUUUUGAUCCAUCCACAUUUUAUUGAACCAUAGAAUUUUCUGCAUAAUAUAUAAUUAUUGUAGCACAUUUAUAUUUCAUGCAGUGUAUUGAUUAUGUGAAACUUCAUGAUACAGACUCUGUCUUCUACUGUCUCCAGAUGGAACACAAAUUUAGAAGUGUAUAAAACAGAUAUGUAACCAUAUACUGCUAAUCCCUAAUAGUCUGUGUAGGGUUAAAAUGUUAUGUGUACCUUGAAAAUAUAAACUCUACUGUAUACUAUACUGUUAAACAGAAACACCUAUUCUCUAGUGAUUUUUAAGAAACUUGGCUAAGGAUUCUUUUCUGACAUUUGGGAACAAGAAAUUUAUAAUUUUAAGGUUAAAAUGUCAUAUCUCCUGUACCUGACUAUUCUGCAGAUGUUCAUUUAAACACUUACUUGCAAAGGAUUUACAGGAGCAAUUUGCAUACUGGAUACAUAACAUUGUCUAAAUACUGCAGACUUUUUUUUUUUUUUAUUAAUUUGGGUGGGUGUUUGUUUUUUGAGUGCUUUUUGGUUUUCUUUUUUUUUUAAUUAAUACUCAAAACUUGUCUGUCUCUAUGGGCUUUGUUUAUAAAAUGUGGCUAAUACUGGCUUUCUCCUUUAGUACUUGUUUGCAUAAAGGGCUUAAAUUGUAGGCCCCUCCUUGUGAAUAUGUUUGGAAUAUAUGUGCCUGGGUUCUCCUCAAUGCAGAAAUAGAGUUGAGUGAAUCGCAUGCUCAUGCUGUGCCUUUGGGAAAAUUCUUGUAUUGCCAAGGCCCUAAUGUGUAUUUUCCACUUGAUGCACAUGGAAGAAAAUCAUUAGGGAACCAGCAUAGUUUUUCCACUGGAUGUGAAUUGGGGGAAAAGCACCAAAAUGAGUUUCCUUAGAAACGAUGGAUUUUUGUAGAGUGAUCUAUGUAUUUGUUUAAUCCUGAUUUUAAUGCCAAAUACUGAAAAUGUAUAUUAAAAGAAGUGACGCUCACCCUUUUUCCAAAGAUGAUUUUUACAUUAAAGUAAAAAGUGGCCAGAGAUGCAUUUUAUGAACGCUAAGGGUUUAUUUUCUAAACAGUAAUAAGUAGUAAAUAAAAUUGCGAAAUUUAGGCUAAAAUAAACAAACUGAAUUCAAGAUGUGUUUUUUUUUUUUUAUAUAUAUAUAUAUAUAUAUAUAUAUAUAUAUAUAUAUAUAUAUAUAUAUAUAUUUAAUUUUUAACAAUUAUCUGUUUAAGGAAAUAUUAAACCCUUUAGUGUUUUACGUCCACAAAAUCAUUUAUACUAAAGGGUUAAUUAAAAGUAGUGUAUUUGGAACUGGGAAAAAAAUCUAAAAUGUGUUUUAUGUUGCUAAUGCUGUCUGUGUAUGUUUAAGCAAACAUGUUGUUGUGACUUUUUUAUUUAUGAAAAGGUUUUCUUCUUAGGAGGAAAAUAAAGCCUGCUGGUGAACGGUGACAAAUCUAGACUAUUGUGGGAUAUUUUUUCUUCCCUUUUUUUUUUUUUUUUGAGAAAUAAACAUUAACCCUUACACUGAUCUUUCUAUUCUUUUUUUUCUUUUCUUUUUUUUGUAUAUUUAAUUGCUGAUCACAUGUAUAGCCAAAAAAUAAUGUAAGUGAAAAUAAAUGGUACGCAUUGUAUUUUAUGUUUUUUGUUUAAUUUUUUUUAUUUAUCUUUUAACCGUUCAAAACACAUUAUACACAAAGUUGUUUUCCUAUACAUUCCCCUCGUGGAGCAGAUACAGUAACUUUGAAUCCAGUACACGACUAUUUCACAAUAUAUGUAAUUUGUAUUUCAGGGGUUGUAGUCCUUUUUAAUUAUGGAUAUCACCUUGCCUUUAUUAAAAGUGUGUGUGUGUAUAUAUCAUAAUUUCUAUUUAUUUUUAUUCUACAUGUGUGAUGACAGUUUUACUACUAUGCUUUGAGUUUUUAUUUUGUAAAAUUUUUUGCCCAGCAUCUAGUGAUUCUGAUGAGUAUAUUUUAAAAGUGAUUCACAUUAUGAAAAGCACGUAACACGCUGCUAUUCAACUUUGGACACUUGAAAAGCAGGCACAACUCCAAACUGGCCUCUUCCUAUCACAGAUCCUUAACCCCUUAUAUGUAAAUACAUAGCUUAACAUGUUGGGGGUAAAGUCACGUGUUAUUUACCCCCUUACAAUAGUGUGAGAAGGGGGUGGGGGGAGGGAAUACAAUUUAACUUUCUCUUACAGCACAAAUUAGUAUUCUUCACAGAAAGGUGAAUAGCAUAAGCCACUCAUCCAAACGCCCCUUUUUAUUUCAUUUGAAACAUUUUCUCGUCUUUCCUGUCUGAAUAACUAGAAUGAAAUCAAAGGAGGCAUGCGGAUUAGCAGUUACAGUAUGGAGGUGCAAAAUUAUCCCUGACAAGAUUCUGCUAAUUUAACUUCAGUGCUCAGUAAAGGGUUUUCAGAUCAGCCAGUUACAACAUGUACACACACAUAUAUAGUCCAUUCAUUGCCAAGAGAACACCUUUCUAUAAAAAAUAAAAUAAAAACCACAGUAUUCCAAUUUCUCUUUUUAUUAUUUCUCCCUCUUUCCAAUUAAAACCUCGUUUGCUCGCUUAAUUUUGCUGCAGUGCGUUGUGUGUCAAUUCAACUUUUUAUUUCUGAGCUUGUCAAACAAGUGAUUGCAACCAGAACGAUUCGGCGUCAUAUAAUUUAAAUGUAAUUGGCUGCUGAGCAUUUUUAAUUUUACCACUGGCCAUUUACCUUUUACCAUCUUCAGAUUUUUAAUUGCCCAAAACGCUGUUGGUCUGUGUAAAUACAUUUUAGCUUGUCAUUUUUUUAUAUAUAUAUAAUAUUUGUAUGUCUGCUCAAAGUUUUCACUAAGCUGUGAAUAAAACCCCGAUUUCCAAAAUGUAGAUUUAACAUGGCUAUAUAGCCACAGCUUUUGCCUGAAUGUUGAGAUAUAUAUAUAUAUAUAUAUAUAUAUAUCAUUUUUUUUUUUUAUUCAGUACAGUUCACGGUUUAGGUUAUAAAACUAGUGUCACUUUUUUAUUCAUUUUUGUUGUUAUAUUUGUUUUUUUAUUUACUAAACCUCGUGUUGUAGUAUUUUUCAAACUCGGUUGUAUUUUCUGUUUGGCUUUUAUGGCAAUUUGGAAUUUUAGUUUUAAAAAAUCACUAUGUAGUAAAUAAACCCCCUUUGUCAAAAGGACAAACAAGGGGUUAAUAACUGCAAUAAACCCAAUCUUUUGAUGAGCAGGGGCAGACUCCAGAUAGUUACUUAAGGCGUUUUCUGUUUUUGUUCAGAAGUACCUCUAUCUAGAACGAUCUAUGUAACAGGGAGUAGAAUGAUGACUACCCGGGUAACCUGACUUUUUGGGGAGGCUAUAGCAGGGGGUAUAGCACUCCCUCCUCGUGUGUCCGACCAGGAGGUAUGACAAAAGAUUUGGGAACAGAAUACCCUGCCCUGCAAUCCUUAGCUGGUUUUCAGCCCUAAAGCGGGAUCAACUGGCCAUGAAACGUGAGCACUUCUCUCUGGCUGAUCGGUUAUUGUGAAACAGGAAGUGUGCAUCCUUUUACACAAUGUAUCACUAUUAAACCACGAGCGCAACGUUCGGAAAAUAGAACCCUCGUAGCUCUGCCGAUAACCUGCCCCAGCAGUCUGACACUCGGGGCUCACAGCACAUCGCAUCGAAAAUAACAGGAGAGUCCUUUUAUACCUAUUGACUUAGAUUUCUACCUAGAGAAAUACUGGCACCGUUUAAUCAGGCUCCUAGCAGCUCCCUCUGUGAUUUUAUUAUUAUCAUUGAUUUAUAAUGAUGAUAAUAUAAUAAUCAAACAGAAUAAAUAAAUUGCCUUCCCCCACGAAUGGCUUUUAUUAUAUUAUCUGUUUUACCCUUCGUGCAAGCCGAUCUACACUAACCGAUUUCCUUAAUACUGCACCUAGCCCUGUAUAGCCCUCAUUCUGUGCUUCCACUAGCUAGGCCGUCCAUAGAGCGCUAAAAAUUAGCGAGGUAUUCUUUCAGCACCUACUCCCUGUCAAAUCCUUAACGUAUAUAUUUGGUUUUUCUUUGUAUUUUUGGUGAGUUCUUUUUGUUGUUUUUUUUUAUUUAUAUUAUUUGCUUCGAUUUUUCCCUUAACUGCUUAGCAGAUUAAACACAUUGAUUUCUGCAUUUUAUUGCAUUUGUGAAUUUAUGGUGGUGAGGUUUUUUUUUUUUUUUUCAUUUUUAAAUAUACAAGGUCCUUAUUUUAACCUUUUGCAUUCCAUAAAAUAGCUACUGAUCUAAACGUUCUAUAAAAUACCCGUGCUCCUGGACUCCAAAGCCCACAGCACAGCUUGCACAAAAGAGCUCAUUUUACGUUUGUUAAGGUUAUAUUUUCUCCAAGAGACAUAAACCCGAGCUGCUUUGACCCCUGAGUGUAUGUAGUAAACUAUGCUGCACAGAGAUCUUGCAAGAUCUGCUUAUUUUCCCACCCUCUUCUUUCUGAUCAGGAAAACAGCAACGAUGGGCUGGAAACAAUGGUAGUGCCCGAAGGACAACCAGCUAGUGUAAACUUGCAGUAUUUCCUGGCUGUGUAACCCAGCCCCCUCCUUCUCAGACCUCCCUCUGCUGUUGGGAAUACUGUUCAAGGAUAGUUAACCUGUGCCAGAAUUACAUAAUAUCUCCUGUAGCCUCUUCUUGGACUUAGAUGCAAUGUUUGACAGUUUUAACAUGUGCAAUCUUUUUCACAUCAUUUCUGUUCCUAUUGUAUUCCAUAUUAACCUAUGCUUGUUUUUGUUUUUUUUCUCUCGCAGUUUUUAAUACUACUGAGAAGCUUAUUAAUGAAGAGUUCCAUUACCUACAUUGCUGAAAUUCUGACAUUCUUCAUUUCAAGAAAAAGUUGGGAGAAUGUUUGGCCACUGAAUAGCUUUUACUUAGUGACCAUAUUUUGUUCUGUUUAAGAACACAGGUGAGGAGCCUAGUCAGGUGUCACGGUUUCUUAUAAAACACUAGCACUUCUUUUUAAAAACAAAGUAUAAACAUUGGUUGGCCCCAGGACACUGCACAUUGUGUUCAUGGGGUAACCGUCUUGAAAAACGUAUUGUAAUCAUCCUUCACCAAAUAGCAGAAUUAUUUUAAACAAUUUAAAAUACCAAUACAUUUUUGAUGAAUCCAUUAUUAUAAUAAUUUGUAGGAAUUACUAGUUUCCAUUCACUGUCUAAAACAAUGAUGAGCCAUUAAAAUAGGAUGGAUAUAUCAAUCAGGAAACCCAUUGCAAAUAAUAUAUAUGCUGUAUAUAAUAUAAAUAAAAUUGUAAAUGAUCUACACAAUUGCAGCACGUUAUUGGUCUAAUUGCAAAAAUAAAAACAUCAUGUUGUUAUUAUUGCUUUUUGUUAUUAUGUUUGCAAAGAAAACAAUUAUUUGGGUGCAUGAAUGUCACUAGCUGUAAUUUUCAUGAUGUAUAUGGUAAACUGAUUGUACAGGCCUAAAUAUCCUGAAGACUUUAAAGGUUAGACCUUCUAGGUUUAUAUCAUUCCAUACAGUAUUUUAUAUAUUGAGAACAACAUGGUACUUCAAGUGUUAACAUAUAAAAAAUGUAUACAUAUCUGAAUGUAGUGUUUGGACAUCUCUUAAUCUGCCAUAUUUUCUUAGCAGAGGGAAUGAUUAUUUGCUAAAUUCAUGAUAUCAGAAUAGCUGUUUCAUUGGCUGAGCAGUUAAUUAAAAACAAUGUUUAGAAAUUAAACGUUAAUAGCCAAAGGGGUUUAUUGACUUAAUAGUGAAUUGUAUUUAAUUGAAAACUAAAUGGCAAAAUAUAGGCCAGAAUAGGUGAUUUGAAAAUAUUAUUUAGCUGAGCUCUAGUCAGAAUUUAUCUAUUUUAUCCAGAUUUUUGUCAUUUAGUUUCAGAUUCAUUAUGUUUUGCUGUUUGGUGAAUAAACAUUUCAGUGUCUAAACUGACCUAGGGUUUAAUUCCAGCCUUUGAGAUUAGAACACACAAAUUCUAGACCCAAAAAGAAUUGUGAGGAAAAAAAAUAACUGGACUAAUUUAUUAAUUAUUUUUUUUAGAUUUUGGCAAUCGGUUGUCAUCCUACAACAAUUUACAGUUUAAUGAAUAGAUCCUCGUAUGUAGGAAUGAACCUCGGAUUCAGAUGUGAUUUGUAACAAGUAUAAUUGGGGCUCAAUGUGUUUUGCAUAUGCUGUUCCAUCUGACUAUGCUUUCAAAGUUAUUGCAAAUAGAUACUGCCUUAAUAGUGCAGUCUUAAUGACUACCCAGGAACAAACGUAAGCUGUUUUAUUGUAUUUUAGUAUUUUUUGUUGUAUGUUAUUCUAACUGUGCGUUAUGUAUGUCAAUAAAAAAAAAAAAAUGUCAAUGGAGUUAUCCACUAAAUGCAAAUGGUAAUACAGGUUUGGAUGCAUCCUUUUAUGAUAUUAAAUAAAUACAGAAGCACUCAAGAUAGAAUAAUAUAAAUACAAUGUUAAAAUAACUCCAUUUUCUUUGACUAAUAUAUCUUGAAUUCCUUUUGACUUGUAAUACAUUCAUUCAUACAUACAUACAUACAUACAUACAUACAUAUAUAUAUAGCUGUUGAAUGCCAUGAGAAAUCGUUUUAUUAAGAGGGAGGUAAGGGGGGACAAGUUGGACAGUGUUCCAGCUCAUCCCCAUUCUUUUCACUAAAGUGUCUGGGUUAGUCACUAAACACCAAAUUUUAGCAAAUUAAAUACAAAUGGCAACACUAACACUAAAUUAGCCAAAAGCCUGCAUUUAAAUAGAUGAGCUGGAAAAUGAUUCCUGAUCUUGCGAUACAUUUUGCCAUUUUUUGAUUUCCUUUUCCAGAAUUAAGUGUUUAGUUGAUAACCUUGUAAGUUUUAAACUGACAAACGGGCAAAGCCUACGCCAGAAUGGUGUUGAGACAAUGUCCAACUUUAUUUUUUUUAAUUUUUAAAACAUCGCCUACAAGUCAGUUGUUAGUUUACCAACACUCACAGUUGGUGAACAGAUUUUUGCAUUUUGCAGUCAGGUUGUCCAUUCACCACAAUUCUGUUUAGUAAAUAAACUCCAUGGUCUGCACAAAAAAAUGCAUUUUUUUUUUUUAUUUAUUCCAUAUUAAUCUUUAAAGUGAAGGUUUCAAUAAACAAAGCAAUUUACCAAGUUUACACCUUUCUGACUUGCAACAUACAUGGACUACUAUGAUAAAGGGGUCACGAAGAGGUUAAAUUCAAGUCCUGUGGCACUAUUCCUGUUUCCAGUUGCUUUUUUGUGUGUGUGUGUUUUUUUUUUUUGUUUGGUUUUUCUUGUGUUGUUUUUGUUUGGUUUAUCCUGCAAAUGACAGUACACCAUGACGCAAAUCAGUCAUCAGAAAGUAUCGCCUGCAAUUCACCACAUUAUUUGUUGUUUUGGGGGCUUUUUCUUUCUGCAUUUAAAAAUAUUCUAGUCUGCUAAAAAAAAAACAAUAAUAAUGGAAUAAACAACUUUUACUUUUUUUAACUUUUUUAUAUUUUCAUGAAAUUACUAUGUGGUGUUAUAGAAAUGCAAAAGAGAAUGUUCAGAUCUGCAUACACCUCCAGCAAAGAAUGUAGUUAAUCUGCUAAUAUUCAACAGGAACUUACUGUAAACCCCUUCCUGUGCACAUGUGGGUUAGAGGAGGAAACACUGUUAUUUAGCAGUUGUUUUCAAACAGACUCAUCCAGCUCAGCCCUACACACCUAUCUAAUCUAUAUAUAUACACACAUACAUACUGGGUUUUUGUUUUGUAGUGUUUCAACUGAAAAAAAUAAGAGAGAAGCAGGGACUGCGACCACAUGACAACCGCAUAACUGGAUCUUGGGGAAACUGCUUAAGAGAUAGCAAUUUAAACCAUUUUAUGUUCCAUAGACAAAGGGAGUCAUAUUAACCUUUAGGGUGCCAGGGUUUUAUGCAACCCACUGAGUAGCAUUGAUCAGACCCCUGUCAAUCAAAGGAUUAAAUUAUUUAUUUUUUAGAUUAAUAUAGGCCUAUGAGUGACAUAAACCCAUUUGCGUAAUCGUAAUCCAUUAGGCAAUUAUAUAUUCACUAUUACGGUCUCAUAAAUGUUUAUUUUCAGAACAAGCGGACAAGCUGUGCCUUUAUCUUAACAGAUAUUCUCAUUUGAUUGUUAGGCCCAUAGGCAUGUAUAUAUAAUACGCACACAGACACACACUGAUAAUCCCAUUAUUAUUAUGGACAAAAUAUAAUUUUAAGAGGAGUGAAUCUUGGUGAAAAAAAAAUAUAUAUUUUAAAUCUUGAAUUUCUUAUUUUAAUAUGUUCAUCUUAACCCUCUUUGUUUUGUGUCCCAAACAAAUAUUUUAGCUUAUUUUCUUUUUCUAUAUUUAAUGUCUAUUGGCAUUGAUAUUGUAAUUUAUUUUCCAAGAGAAAAUAAAAUAAAAAUCAACGUAAUGGAUGGAUUAUACCAAACUUGGUAGCGUUGUAAAUGUAGAAAUGUUGCCGAUCAACUUUGAUAAAAGAUUCAGCUUUGCUGUUGUGCAUUUUUUACUUCAUUGAAAGAAACAGAAAAAAAAUCCUCCAGUCCCAACAUUUUAUGUCUUGACAUUUUUAAUAUGUGCCCUUUCGCCACAUAAACCGUAACCUGUUUAUAAAAAGUGCUCCUUAAGGUUAAGAUAAUAUUCUGGGUCUCUCCUAUAUUAUGGGGAAACAAACAUUGUUCUACUUUGUUUUGUAUAUUUUUUUUUAUUUUUUUUAAGCAGGUGCCACUGGUUUUCCUGAUUUGCUUUGGACAAAAUAAUUAUGGAAACACCACCUUGUCAAUGUCUGAAGUUGGUAAUAAUGAGAUGUUGGUCCGGUGAUGAUGACGUUUCACUUUGUUUUGCCUUAAUGUUUUUUCUUUUCUUCAAUCAAGUCAUAAAUUCCAACAAAUUUGUUAAG